AUGUCAGCUCUGAGAGGAAUACAUAAGCAAAGGAGCCUUGAGUCGAUGAGCUCUUCUUUUACUGCCGUUUUCACUUCGGUUCGUGCGCAACAAAACGAAAAAGCUGUGAAACUUGCGUUCUAUAACACGGCUGCUCUGGUUUUCGUGUCCCUUAGUGGAUGUGCUGCAGUUGCAGUUUAUUAUGUUUUAGAACCUUUCUUACGUCCUCUGCUAUGGGCUGGGCUGUGUGGCGCUUUUUUAUAUCCUUUUAAGUGGAAAUUGACGCAGAUAGUUCGAGGAUUUCUUCGUUCUUUGCGAGAAUCUCACACUCCAUUAGUGCUUGGUGCAAUGGUGAUACCUUUUCAGUUGGCCAACAAAUCGUCAGACGUAGUUGGGUCUUUUGUCGUACGAAGGAGCCGUAUUUUUGCCAUAUUUUGCCUAACUGCAGUUAUUGCCUAUGUUUUGUACAUUAUUAAGCCAUUUUAUGAGAUUGUGUGGAUUUUAAAGGGAUCUGGAACAGCUGUUCAUGGCCUUUUGGACUUCUUUUAUAAUCCAUAUCUGGUGAGCAAUUUUACUCAUGCUGUGAUUCGUUUUUGUUCUUGGUUUAUGUUUUUCCUCCUUUAUUUCUUACAAGGUGUUUUAGUCGAGGUUUGUAUAGAAAAUAACCCACUGAACCGAGACAAAAUCUAACAGAAAAUUUUUAUUAUUUCCAGAUUAUAUUUUACGCCUGUACCAUUUGCUGGAAAUAUUUGUGAAAUUAAAGGAUAGGUCUACUCCAGAAACCACAUAAUCUUUAUCCUUAUUAUUAAAUAAUACACAUGAUAUUAUGACAAAGGUCUUCAAUUGUGCUGAGCACAGAUGAGGCCAGUCAAAAUCUCGCCAAGCAACCUGGCAUUGACAAGUGCCUUACCAAUUGUUCACUCUUCUCUUACCCAAAUACUGGAAUAACAAAUGUAAAUAUUUAAUUCUGGACAAUUCAUCUUACUUCUUUAUUCUAGUGCUUUUGUCUUAUGGACACCAACCAUGUCAUUAACAAAAUUAUCAAUCUUGUAUUUUAGGUCUGGACUGUUAUAAUUGGUUACAUUUUAAGUCUGAUAUUCCUCUGGACACCAAGCUCUUCUGGGGUCAUCUCAAUGUUUUCUCUUCCUGUGUGGAUUAUGUUUCUGCUUCAUCUUGUAUCACUCACUGGAUCUUACAGGAUUCUAUUUUUUAUGCUUCUUGUAAUCUGUUCAGUUGUUGGAUGUAUUACAGGAGUCUCAGAGGGGCAAGAUCAAGGUAAGAUAAUUUUUUUUUCAACUAUCUCAUGGUAAUUGUUGUUAAUCCUCUUGACUAACAGCCUCUUCUUCUAAGGGAAAUGUGUACUUGGGUAUCCAGAACUUUUACUGUGUCUGAUAGAAAACCUCAUUUUGACUGGCAAAUCUUCGCAACCAUUAAUAACCUCCAAUAUCAGGAACUGGUCAAUUAUAAGUAAUUAGAAUAAUAAAAGGGUGGGGCUGGAUGGUUGAGAGCAAAAAACCUACAAAACCACUUACAACUGCUGAAAAACGACCUCUGUUAUAUUUGCAAUGUUUAGGAAGAGGCAAUCUUAAUUACUUUUAGGCAGACAAGCACUAAGAGAGUGAACAAGGAUUGUAUUAUUACUAUCUGUAUGAAAUCAAAAUUACUAGUAGGUGUAAUACAACUGCUUGAAUGAAAAACAUUGCAUAGGCAGGCUUCUAGAUUGGAAACAAUACUGGUGCCUAUGAGACUGAAAGUUUCCUCCUGGUGACUAAAAGUUCUGGUCAAGUUGCCACUUUGGUGACUAGAUGGUGAAUUGGUGAAUUAAAACAUAAACCUCGUACAGUCAAGUUUUUCUUCUGUCUUGAGAGAAAAAGGCAGCUGGUACAAACAAAUCCUUGGACUAUUUUGUCUGGUCUCAACAAGUCCAGAUAAUCAAGGUUCAAUUGUACUUAGCAUAAAUGACUGAUAAUUUCAGUAGACUGCUAGGACAAUUUAUGAACUCAACAUACCUAAAUUGCUCAGAUGCACCUGGAUGAUAGACCACAAUGGAAAUUUCACAUAAUGGUGAACUAAGCAUGCAAUGGCUGGUAGUUGACUAGGAUCCUUUAAGGCUGACCCAGAAUUUCAAGUAGCUACUUACUUUAUUACUUACAGGUACUUACAGAUGUAGAUUUUAGAUUGGUGAUGAAAAUGUUAAUUAUUUCAACCAUUUUUUCCUAUGUAGACACCAAAAGGUGAUUAAAAAAUAUAUUUAAUUCUGGACCCUGAUAGGUGACCAGAUUUGAGAGGGUGAUUUUUCACAAUAUAGCCUUGUUCAAACUGUUAUAACAGCUUGAUGAUAGUUGAUGACAGUUUCAACUAUCAUCAAUUAUCAUCUACUAUCAGUGACAUUGACUAAUUAUAUUUUUAUUCAAGCUGUUCAUGAUAUUUGUUGAAAUUAUGUAGUUUCAGUAAAUUUAAUGCAGGAUGACUAAAUUCAGGGUAUCAUAUAAUGUGCAAUGAUUAGAUAUUUUAAACAGUCAAAGACUGGAUGGAACUACCUCAUGUAGUGGAAAGAGUUAAGUCAAACAGGAAGGGUGUGAUUAAUGGUUUGACUUCAUUAAAGGUCUUUUAUUUUUGUUGUUUUCCAGUUGAUAGUAAGAAAUUUGGGGAAAGUAAAAGACUUUCUCUUAUGAGACGCCUGUCAGUGGCAGCUGCUGCUCUGGUUACCUCUUUGCCAACCUCAGAUUCUAAUGAAUCCUAUAAUAAGGAUAGCAGAGGGUCAUCUACAAGCCUUACUACACCUCCGUCAGCCACAUCCCCCAAUAAUGAUGAAAAUGGUCAGGAUUCUGUAGACGGAAAAGUCUCUUCAAAGCUUCGAAGGGCUAAGAUUUGGAGACCAAAGCAGUCAAUUAAGAUUAAAGAAGAAGCAAAUUGCGAGGGAAAAAGUCAUGUUUAUUUUGUGGCUCUUUUCUGGGGAAUUUUUCUCUCAAGACUGUGGCUUCAUUGGGACUUUAUUAUGAUUUUCAUAAUACCAGUCACACUGUAUGGUUUAAAGCAGCUUCUGGCUUACUGGAGUUCCUCAAUCUGUUCAAGUUCUCCAGCACUCUAUCUUCAUUCUCUAUGGAAAAAUUUCAAAAGUUGGACUGAUGAGAGGAGACCAGCAUUGGUUCCAACCCCACUUAAUGGAUUGUUCAAAGGAGGAAUGAAAGUAGAUCGUGCUGUAAGUUUACAACUUUUACCAACAUCCUAGACAUGUACUUCUACUUAAUAUGAGUAAUAAAAAGGUAUAUAAUUGUGUUUCUGUAGAUUACACCCCAUGUGUUAAACUUAAGCUUGAAUUUAGGUCUCAAUUUGAUCUGUAUUUUUCUCUGUUCUGAAUUCAUUGUCUUACUGUUAAUCCUUACACUGAAAAAUGCCUAUUUUGAAUCCUUCUAAUUUAAAUUCCAUUUUAACCUGCAGCAUGUGCAAUGGCUAUUGAAAGAAAUAGCAGGUGGUGUUCAUUGGCUGUAGGCCACGAUAUAAAAUCCAUAUAUUUAAGUACAUAUAAGAGAAUGCUUUUUUAUCAACUUUUGGAAAGCACCACUUUAUCCACUGUCAGACCACCUAUAAUGUCUCUUUUGGUGACUAAUGAAACUGCUUUGUAUACUGUACAUUACAUUUUCAUUAAAAUGUGAAGUUUUCCCAUCUUUUAUUUGUCUUUUAUUUUUAUCACAAAUUGUACAUUUUAUUUGCAUGUUAAUUGGCAAAUAAAUUUAAAUAUUACUUCAUCAAAAAAUGCAAAACAAAAACAAUUGAUAGGAAGCACCAAAGGCUACAUUUUUUCAAGAACAUUUUUAAGAGUAAGAAUGAUUGCUCAAUCUGUCUCCUCUUGUUCACAAAUGUGAUUUAUAUUUGAAAUCAAUUAUGUUGCAUUUUAGAUCAACAACAUAAUGGACAAAUCAAUGGAAAACAUAAUAAGUAUCUUUAUGGUGCUGUUCCUUUUUGUGGCAUUCUCUGUCAUCACAGCCUUUUUUGCAGUGAAGGUAAGUUCAUGUACUGUCCAUCAUUCACAAUGCACCAGAGCAUUGCAUGAACACAUACUCAAAUCCCCAACAAUUUUUUGUUCAUUUUUGAGUUAUUUUUUUUCCAAACCCAAAAAACCCUUUAUGUUAGCAAUUAGAUGGUGGUAUGUUGCUCGCACUCAUCAGAUCGCAGCAUAAGGGUAUUAUCUCACACCAAUCAGAUUGUUGCUUUAGGGCAUGUAUCUUGCACCAAUCAGAUUUAUAUUGCUGCAUCAUAUCAUUGCAUUUGAAUAUCCUGCACCAAUCACAGUGUUUAGGUAUCAUUUUCUUGUAAAUGAUGUCAUGGAUCACAGGGCUGUGCACUAAGAAUGACAUUGACCAGAAAUUCUGAACUCAUUUGAUAAGUGUAAUAAUUGUCUGUGGCCUUUGUGAGGGCCUCGCCGAUUAAAGUAGAGAUUUAUUGGUAUAUGAAAGGUACACAUAAAUUUUUAAGUUAAUAAUGUUUUUUCCACUCCUUUACUCACAACACACAUGCCAAACAACUUACAUUCCAUUGCGUACCAUGAAAACAAUGUCCAAAGUCUGAUCAGAACAGACGUAAUCAUUGCACUACAUGAACAUCAGGCAAUUUUCCAUGUGCUUGAAUUGACUAUCACCAAUCAAAUUUCAUUUUGCCACAUUGGACUUUGCUCUGUCACAUGUCAUUCUCUUGUAAACAACCUGCAUUUUAUUAUGUGUUCUAACUGCAUUGUCCAACCCUAUUGAAAAAAAUUCACAUGGAAUUAAAUGCUACUGAUAUUGAGUUUUCCUCGCAAUUCUCCCGCGUUUGACUUUUUCUACAAAUUAAAGUCGCUUUAGGCUACCUCGGACUUAACCAAAUUGUGUAUUAAUUUCAUUUUAAAACAACCUACAUUUUAUUACCCAUUUCACAUAUAGGGCAAAGUCCAGAUAGGCAACAACCAAUUAGGAGCCUUCUUUGAAAUAUUAUCCUUUUCUCUUGAUCAAUGUAUCUUCACUUAUUGGAGAUUGUAAUAUAGCUCUGGUUAGGGUCUAUUAGAGGAACAACAGAGUUUCAGUUUGCCUUUCGUAGUAAAAUUAUGCAGAAUCAUAUUUUUAAGGUAACUAACUGUAGACAAAUAAUUUUGAUUUUCUCUCUGCUGGAGUAAUGGCAGUAAGCAUAGUCUCUUUUACAACUGUUAUGUGGUCUUGUCACACAACACACUCUCUCCCAGAUGGGAAAUAGAGGGCAUUGUGUGACAAGACCAAACAACAUCUGCAAAGGAGACAACAGUAAGUAUGAUAGUGAUGCAUUCCAUUUUAACGCUGAAGUAUUAAGACAAUAGAGAUAGUAUAUCACACAAUAUCUGUGUGAGUUCAGAUAAAUUAGGAUUUUUUUUCCUGUCUUUCUGCAAUCCUUUCGUUUUUUUAAAGUUAUGCUAUUUUGAGUGACAAAGAUGAAAACAUAAAGGGCACAAACUGUUCUAUCUCAACCCACCAAGCCAAAAAAUAACUCUUGCAUGCUACGCAUGCCUGUUUUUAAAAAGGAGUCAGUAACUGGUAAAAAUCAUCCAUACUGUAUUUUUGGCCUGUAUACAUCUAUGGUCAAUUUUUUAUUUUAGUUUGUAAAGUGUUAUCAUGUGAACAAUUGACCACUGCUAAAAUUCCAUGACAAGCCUUAAGUUUCUGGUGGAGUUGGGUCAAACAAAAUAUGCUACAAACUGACAAGUAAUAUUUCAUGUCUUUCAUCAGGUUCACAAUGAGAGUGCACAACUGGUGUCUGUAAGUGCCAACUUAGUGAACAAAGUGAUGGCUGACAAUCCUCAGCUUGUCAAGUAGGUGCAAUGAUUCCUUUGGUUAAGUAGAAAUAAUAAAGUAUUUGUGUUGUUCACACAUUUGUUCAUUAUUAAUGUUAUUGAGAUUAAAUUUGGUUACCUGUCAAACAGCUGGAUUCAGGAAAAUGAGGAACUGAAGAAAACAUUGGGAUCAGCUGUGGAGAGAUCAUACAUGCAUGGAAGAAAGUACAUUGCUGCCAAGGUGCAUACAAAUAUGUUAUACUUUAUAGGAAUGAGCAGGCUUGUGGAAAGUAUUAGAGGUACAUGUGAGUUACAGUCAAAUCUAAUGGCAAGCACGCUGGAUUCUGUGUUUAGACAUUCAGUUUCCUGGUUAUUGUGCUGUUUUCUUGGGUAAGAGUCUUUAUUUUUGCAGUACAUGCCUCUCUCCACCCAGGAGUUUAAAUAUCUCAGAAUCCUGAGGAAUUGCUGAGGACAAAUGAUCACAAAAAUGACAACAGUCACCAAAUCCAUAAAAUUCCCUUUCAAUCCAAGAUUUAAAUAAUAGUAGGUCCAAAAUGCUGGUUGUUCAUUAGAGAGAUCAGAAGGACAAGAGGAUUCACAUUGUACCUUCAACGCAAAGUGAGGAUGUAGUUGUGAUUCUGCUCUCUGAUUUUGUUCACAUCUUCCUAAUAUAGUAGUUGUAGAAUACCUUAUUGUUGCCACUGUUUAGGUUCAGUCCAUGUUUGGUGACAGCAAUUCCAGUGCACUCCAAGAGGAAGUGCUAGACUUUACUGAUCACAUUUAUCACUCAUGGAUUAAUUGGGUAAGUCUACUUUGACUGCGAGUUAUGAAUGUUAAGUUAAUGUCACCAAGGUUAAAAAGAGAGAUGAAGAGAUGAAGCAUAUUACAGACCAUAUAGUAUUUCUUGGAAAUGAAAUCAUGUAGAUUGAUUUUUAAUUCAUUGGAAGGAUACAAUAUGAAAAGUUAACACAAAAACUAAUUUAAAAACCUGUAUCAUAUAGAUCGGUAGUUAAAAUGGAAUGAAUCAGAAAAACAAGUGACCUCCCCCUCCCUCAACUAAAAAAAAAUAAAAAGGAUUACCUUGCAUCCCUCGAAAAUACCCCACACAAUGUUUUUGUAUAAAUUAUGUGUACAAUGAAAAAAUAAUCAGUAUAUACAAAAGUACACACAUGUUAUUUGACCUUCUAGGGUAAUACUUCUACAACAAAGGAAUUAUCAAAGAAUGGAACACUUACAACAGACAUACCAAGCCACAAUAACAUGAGUGCAGCUAUCUCCUGGAAAAAUGUCAUGCACAUUUUUAAUGUGUUUGAUUUUCGAGAAUCUUUCUCCUUGAUCAGAGAAAAUCUUGGCACUCUCAUUUCUGUGAGUAAAUUUUGUUACUAGCAUUAUUUUUGUCAAAAGUUGAUAGCAUUUAAAAUCCAUUUUUGGCUUUCUCUUUUGACAAGGUAUAUUUUACUGAGUUGUUUUAAACAAGUUGCUCCUUUUAAGUUGUCUUACAUGUGCAUAAAUAUCUUUUGAAAUCUCGCUGAUUUUUUCAUCAUCAACCUUAAUAGGCCAAAACAGGCAAUUUUCUACAAUGGCACAAGAUAUAUAGUGAUUUAUGUUAUUUAACAAUAAUUAGUAAAGCACACCUGCAGCAGUUUGAAGAGUUUGUAAAUAGUAUUUUAAUAUAAAGCUAAGUGAGUGUGCACUACUGUGACAUCUUUUUCAGCUACUGGAGUCUGUUUGGAUGUUUUUCAAGGGGAACAUCAGUUUUGCCUUUAACCUUGUUACUACAAUGUUGUCCAUUGUGUUCUUCAGCGGUGCUUACCUUCUGAACACUGGCAUAUCAAUGGUAAACGAAAUCGCUAAUGCUGUCAUAAUUUUGACUAUAUGUAGUAGUUAAAUCAAUGUUAAUAUUGAGAGUAAUAUAAUAUCGUAAAGUUGAUCUUACAGACAAUUAUCUUUAAUGUACAACUACUGAUAUUAUCACUAAGAUCAUGGGUUUAAUGGUUCAAUUACUUAAUUUGAUGACACAUCCAGGGAAGAACUACUUCCUUUAAAUUUUCAGUUUCAUAUCCUCUCAUAUGAUUACUUGUUCUGUAUAAUUUGGAUACUCCAGAAAAGAGUUCAACAUUUUGUUACAUAUUAUGGUACUUAGUUUAUACUUAUUGUGUCCAAUAAUUAUGAUAUAGCUAUCACACCCCACUUACUCUCUUAUAUAUAACUGCUUGACAACUUAACCGCUUUUCAGCAACAGAAUUAUAAUAAUCUCAUCCUGUUCCAGAUUAUUUUUGUCACUGCAUUGUUUUACCUGUUGAGUACCUCUGGUGAACAGUACAAGCCUGUUGAGUGGUUUGGCAAACUUACAGCAACUGGUACAUCUGGGUUUGGAGAUUCUGCUUAUGGAGCCAUCAGGUUAGUCUGACUUUACAAAUGGAUAUGUAAGUGAUGACUGGCAGUUAACACAAGCCUUGCAAUUGUGCAAUCUAUGACAAUCCUAAUGUAUCUCAAGUUUAGAACAUAAUAAGGUGAGAAAGACUUUUAACAAGAUAACCUUAAUCAGUAUGGUCAAGUAUUAUCAAAUUUUUCAAGGUGGUGUUGUUUCUUGAAGCAUGAGAUUAGAAACAAAGAAAGUGAGCUAAAUUACUGUUUUUAACAUUUUUUAUUUCUCCUUCCCAAGCUAUCAAAUAUGCUAAGGCCAAAGCAAAGAAAAAGGUUGGAAAAUGAGGACAAUGUGAGCCGCAGUGCUGAAUUUUCAAAAUUUUUUAUUUUACUCUGUCAGGUCAACUUGCUUGCAAUUAUUUAUUUUUUUGGUUUGAGUAUAGUUACAAACUUUAGGCAACAGGUAAAAUUUCUCACUAAAAUCACAAUUAACUGACAUGAGAGUGAUCUUUAUUACUUUGUUUUUCCAGGGAUGUAUUUGGAGCAGCCAUUAAAAUGGCAGCCUUUUAUGGUGUAUACACCUGGUUGACCCACACCACAUUUGGUGUUAACAUUAUAUACAUCCCAUCAGGUAGGAAAGCCAGACAAAAGAGCAAUGAAAACAAUCUAAUUUAUAACAUAAAUGUCCCAAGAAGAUGCACUUCUAUGAAGUAAAAGUAGCACAAUGUUUUUUUAAAAUGCCCACAACAUUUUCAACCCUUAAAAUGUUUCCAAAACAUUUUUUGUAGCUUUGUUCCUUUAGUGUGUCAACCAAUUUCCCACCCAAGCCUCUAUCAGUAAAACUUUAGAAUUAACAUAUGGCUGAUAUCUUUUUGAAGCAAUUGCAGCCAUUACAGCCGUUGUUCCGUUUAUUGGCACUUAUUGGGCAGCAGUACCAGCUGUACUUGAAUUGUGGUUAAUCCAGGGACAAGGAAUAAUGGCAGCUGUGUUAGCAGUCUGUCAUUUCUUACCUACGUACUUUGUAGAUGUUGCCAUCUACAGUGAGAUCAGUGGGUAUGUGCUAUGUAUCUUUUAGAAGCUUUAAUUUGAAGAUUACAUGCUCUUUUUGUGUAAAGUGAUGUAUCUUGUCAGCAUAAGGAGGGAGGGAAGACUUCUAGUGGGCAGGGAUUUUUGACAAACAAUACUAUCAAACAACAGAUUUUUGAAUAAAACUUUAAACUGAUUUGCACCUCCUGUAUUCAUCAUUUCUCUCCUGAUGCAAAAUGGUCUGUGAAUGCAAUUCCAACAUGUUCAUCCCAAUACAUAUAUAAGAUCUGAUUACCCUACGCUGCUUUUAACUAAUGGUAGCAUAUUUACCACCUUAAAUUUGAUAUUUGAAACUCUUUGAAUAAUCACUCCCUGCUCCUAUCCAAUUUCUUGAAUGUUUUACUUUUUUAACAGUAUUGUAAGACUCCUAGUUUGUGGUUUAUCUAUCCUGAGUAGUAAAUCUAAACAUGGUCUAAGACCUUCAACAUUAUUUGUAUUUACAUCACUAUAUAUUUCUUAUGGCCCAUGUGUAUGAUAUGACACAGUUUAUGACCUGUGAAAACAUUUCUAAAACAUAAGCUCAAGAGGGCUUUAUUUGAUGGCAUAAGCUGGGCUAGAAAAGGCUAUUCAGCCAUGCAAAAUCAGGGGUAAAAGAAAAGAGGAGUUACUUUAGUCAUAUGAAAAAUAAUUUUUGUCUCAUUUAGGUGGGGUCAAAUGGGAAAAUAUUUGGCUCCUUGUCAUGACUUACUGACCUCUGGGCUUGGUUCUGACAUCAUUACUGAGAACCAAACAUUAUCCCAUUCUGUCCUUACACUCAAUCACAAACACAAGCCAUGUUUUUUUUUCUGUUUUAUGUUUGUUUGAUGCAAUUCAUGACUGCUUUGCAUUAACAGUGGAGGUCACCCUUACUUGACUGGUUUAGCUGUGGUUGGAGGUAUCUAUUGUGUUGGGCUGGAGGGAGCCAUCAUGGGACCAAUAAUACUUUGUUGUUUGAUAGUCGCAUUCAAUGUGUACAGCCGUAUGCUUGGUCACAGCAGUCCUGUACCUGAUCCAGAAGUUCCAUCAGCCACAAGUGACAUGCAACAAAGUACACAACACUCACAGCAUAAAGAUGAUCAAGAGGGAAGUGGCAAGGCUCUGACAGUCUCUUAGAUCAUAGCAGGAAGUUAUCAAUUUUAAUUAAUAAAGAAUGUUAACAUGAUAUGAUGUUAAAGUACUUUAAAUUUUGAGAAUUAACAUUGAAUAAAAUCAUAACUAUGAUAUAUGCCAGAAAAUAUUGCAGAUCUACAAUAACGGAUCAAUAAAUCAGCUAUGAAUGCUUAAACUCCUAUGAGUGACCAAGACAGAAUGUCUGUACAAUAUCAGGCAAACAUGAUGAAAGUGAUGAAAAUGAAGAAAAGUAUCAAUUAAGGGAUUAGUAGUUGAUCCUAAACCAAAUUCCCAAAACUGACCACAUCAGUAUUGUAUGGCAGGCAGUAAGGAGAAUUGCUAUUAAGGUCUUUGGAGUAAAUGGGUUAAAUCAAUCAAUCUUUAAUUGAUGGUUAAGAGUGAACACAAAAUCAUUGUGUGAAAGGGAAGAGUCCUGAUAUAAUGUUCGUUUUCAUUCUGACCAAGAUUCUAGCUUUCAAACAGCACACUUGGAUACAUCCAAUCAAAUUUGGUGUCAGCUUUUAUAAUUGAUUUUCUUGUGGAGGUACCUUCAGGGAAAUCAAAGGAAGAACUAAUGUAAUGCAGUUGAAUAUAACCAAGUGGAAAAAAGUUAUUUGAACAGAGGUUGUUUUUUAUGCGUGUAUUUAAACCUUUUCUGUGAUUUUCUUUGCAAGAUAAAAUUAUACAUUAAAUUACUAAUCAUUCACAUUGGAUAAAUUUUGGAAUGGGAUGGUGUACGUACCACUCACUGAAAAAUGAACUACUUAAUAAAUCUUUUAAAAUCUUUUCCAGACUUUUAUAAACCACUGAUUUCAUAAUCCAAACUCAAGUAAGGUUUGAUUCAAGAAAUAAGGUAUUUUCAGGGGAAUUUUUUUCGAGGGUUUACCCACAAAUAAGAUAUUCUUCAUUCAUACAGAACAGAUUUUGGCAAAGAUAAAUGCCUUAAAAGAAAGAUAUAGAUGGUUUCAAAAUAAUAAUCAUAAUUUAAGUUGGGAAAUGAGUAGAGUGAUAACAGUUCUUACAACUGAAACAACAUUUUAGUUUUGCAAACUAAAAAAGUUUUCAUUUAUGAGAAAACCAAAGAAUACAUAUAUAAGUUCACUCACACAUAAUUAAUAUGGUGCUCACAGGCAAUAUAAGUUAACACUUAUUACCAUUUUUAUUGUUCUUGUUCUUAUUAUUAUUGUUAUCAUCAUCAUUAUCAUUAUCUUAAUCAUUGUUAUUAAAAUUAUGGCCUGACUGUGAGGCCUAGGGGAAUUUAACAGCUAUUUAUUUCUAACAGGUUGAGAGUUUACUCCAUUCUGAACUUUUCAAAGUGGAAUUAAAAUAAGUUAUUGCAACUUCACCAUGUGAUAUAUGUUUAAAGCCCAAGUGAAAGUUUUAGUAAAUAUAUUAAAUUCUGAUUUAUUUACAUUUUGGGGAAUUACAAAAAAAGGUUAUUUAAUAACAUUACUUUCUUUAAAAAAAGACAAAAAUUUAUGUUAAGGUUGUGAUUUAUUAAUAUUUACUUAGCAAUUUACACAUUGUUUGAACUUAAGAAGUACAUGUGUAAUCACUGUUCCUGUGUGCACUAAAAAUUUGAAAGCAGUCAAAAUGAGAGAUAUGUUCCUAUACCAAACUGAACGGGAAGUGAGACUACUGCUUAUAGCAGAAACACAAGCAGGGUUCAAUCCAUCAAAAAUAAUCUUUCAUUUCAACAUGAUUACAUGCCUGAAGCAAAUCUUGGCCUUAUAUUGCAGUCUUACACCUUGAGACAGUAAAUGACGUUAACACUUUUGUGACAUUUUUUACAAAAUAUGUAUGUGAGACAGAGGC